ACAAGUAGCAAUGUAUGUUAUCCUACUGCCUUGCUUAGUUUAGGACGGCAUGUUCUGUCAGCACAAGGUAUGUCCUACCAGCAGAGGAGUUCCUUGCAUUGACAAAACACUUGAUUCUUACCUGACUGGAGUGCUGCUAUGCAAAUGGAAUGGCCUCAGUGAUCCCAUCAUAUUUUCUUUCACUACUUGCAGUGGUAUAUUUUUAAUAAGUUCAAUGAUUUGGCAGUGAAGCCCUAGCCCAUUGCAAGUACAUGUCAGGGAUUGAUCGGAUAAGAUUUUUUUAGUUGUUCAGUUUCCUUGACUGAUCUUUUUGUAAUUGGGACAAAUAACUAUGUUUUGUGUUUAUUGAUGGGUACAGGAGACAGUUUGAAGAAAUAGCUUCUCAUUUUAGUAUGGCUUCGGUGGAUGAACUCGCAAAGCAUAUUGCCAAAGCGACAUCAGAAGAAAGGCAGAAAAUGUUGAAAGAAUUUUAUGGUACAAAGUAUCCAGAGCUAAAGGACCUGUUAAAAAUUGACGUCCCAGUUUAUGUUCAAGAGGGAAGCACGGAAGGAGAUGUGUGCACAACGCAAUCCAGAAAAAGAAAGUCUCUUAAUAAGGAUGGAAAAUCAAAGUCUGGCCCUUCUGCUGCUUCAGUUUGUCUCUAUAGAACUGCAGAUCUGUGUGGCCAAAAAAGACAUAAAGUAGAAACAAAGCGGUUUCCAUAUGAUCCUUGCAUACAUGCUGCUGUGUGUCAUAAUGUAGAAGAUAAACAAUCACCCACUGUCAUUACCCAAGAUAGCAUUAGUGGGAAAAACAGCCAGUCAUUCAAAGACUUUAUGGCAUCUGACUCAUUAAGCAGUAAAUCAGGAAUAAUUGAAGGUCUGUCUGCAAAUACCACUCAAGGACAGCAGAACUUGAUAGGGACAGAGUCACCAAGAAAACCUUCUCUGUCCCAGUCAGAAAGCAAACAGGCUCAAAUAUGUAAGAAAAACUCUUUUGCAGACGUACUAGGAGACACCUCUAUUUUAAGUGACCUCUUCAAAAGCAAUGGAAAUAGGCCAAGAGAGCCUCCCAAGAGCUCUCCUUCAGGGCCAGUAGAAAAAGCAGAAAUCCGACCAAAAGACUUCUGGGAUAUACUGAAUGAACAGAAUGAGGACAGUCUCCAAAAAUUCACAGACGUGUCAGCUAUAGAGAAGCUGUGUGAAAGGGUUCCUCAUACCAUUUUGCCAAAGAAUGAAGAAGAAGAAGAAGAAGAAGAAGAAGAAGAAGAAGAAGCGAAGUCGCUUUGGAAGAAAAAUGAUAAUUUUUUAUGGAAAAAAUGCAACACAAAUUAUGUGGAUGAUUAAUUUACUUCUAGGCACAAGGCUUAGAUUCUAAAAAUGGAGUAAUGAAUGCAUGAUUUAAAUAUCCACAGGUGCCAUAAAAGGCUAGUUUUUCAUCUUGGAAGUAACCCAGGGUCUCACAGCCUUUUCAGCUCCUUUUCAGCAUUGUCUUUUGUAAUUGCAUUGUUUCAGUUUCUCCUGUUCAGAGAAUAAGAACCUGCUCAUAUCUUCAUAGAACCUGUUCAUUUGUAGGCAUUACAAAAGGAACAUGCCCUUGAAACAGAGCCAAGGUCCAGUAUCAUAGGCCAUGGACAUGAAUAAAAAGCCUUUUCAGCACCUGUGGGUAUUUUCAGUUUGUUGUUAUUGACUGAUGCUGCUGUAUUACUUCUAUUCUAACUACAGAAAUAUUUUAUUUUAAUCAGUAUUUAGGGCACAAGCCUUCUCUGUGCAUAGAAGAAUCUGUAUAAAGCUGAAUAGAGACUGUUUCUGCCUGCUAUGAUCUUUAACAUGCACACCGGCAACACAAUGGGCGAUAAGAGAAAACAGGACACCUGCAUGUGCCUCUUACAUCCCUGUUUAGCUCCCAUAUUAGGUUUGAUUUAAAGGUGAUACUGGCUAAUGCAGAAAUAGUCAUCCAUGGGAUUUUAAUAGCUCUUUAUUUUUAUUUUAUAAUUUUUCCAACAUUAAUAAAAUGUAAACUUUUAACACCAAACAAGUGAUUUGUAUAAUAAAAUUUAAGAUAUUGAGCUAAACAACCUGAUACACAGAUUUUAUACCAUAUACAAUUCAUAUAAAAGAAAAUCCUUAAUUUUUUUGGGUACAGAGUUGUCAGUUAUAGCAUAGUUGGUUACAAAUUCAAAAAAUGGGAACCAUUUUUCUGUAUAUGAAGACUGAUAAUUGGGAUUGUUCAUAGAUGUUAUCUGAUCAGUUAUUUUCUCCAUUGUAAACAGGUUCCAAACCUUCAGCAACCAGUAUUUGACAGUGGGGAUCUUGUUUGUCUUCCAAUUCUGAGCUAAUGCAGCCUUAGCUGCUGACAACAAUAAAGAAACAAGAUAUUUUCUCAGUUUUGAACACACAUUAUCAUUCCAUAAGUUGAGCAAGAUGGUUUCUGGGUAUCUCUCAAAAAAGGGUUAUCUCAGAUUCCCUUUGGUCUUUCUUGAGGUUUGUUCCAAAUGAUUUCCUGCAGUUUUUUCCUGCAAUCUGUAUCUAUGCUUGUUUUUCAUUCUGAGUGAUAUAUAAUAUUAGGUUUUUGAGUUGUGCUGCCUCAUAAUAUUUUAAUAAAUUUGGAAAACCUAAGCCUCCUAAUUUGGAGGGUCUUGUCAAUAAAUUAAAAUUUAUUCUAGGCUUUUUAUUUGACCAAAUAAAUUUAUUUAGUUU